CCCCUGCAGAGCCGGGGCACGUGUGCCCAGCGCCCCCGGCUCCCCGCAGGGACUGGCUCCAGACCGCUCGGGCUGGGCGUUUACACGUUGCCCGGCUGCUCCGAAUGCGGGCGCAGAGCGGAGCAGCGGGGGAGCGCUGCCUUUCCCGGGGUGCGUCCUGACUUCCAGCCCGGGGGGCGUAGGCUUGGGGGCACCCUGCCCUAGGGUGACCAGGACUGUCCCUGUAAAAUCGGGACAUCUGCUAUUUGGGGCUUUUUCUUAUAUAGGCACCUAUUACCGCCCACCCCGGUCCCGAUUUUUCACAUCUGCUCUCUGGUCACCCUGCCCCGGGUGCAGCUCUUAGCGCCCCGCUUCCUAGCGCUAGCGAGAGCGGGCCUAGCACUGCCAGGACUGUGUAGCCGGGCAGGGGGAAGGCUGGCAAGGAAAUGCCUUGAUUCCUGGGCUGUGGCUGGUUCUUAGCGCCUCUGCUCGCCUGCCUCAGGUGGCCUUUGGAGCGUGUGCCUGCUUCGCUGCAUCCUGGAGGGUGGUAGUCAGGGCCUGGCGGUUGCAGGUGCUUGGCUGCAGAGCGUGUUAACAGGGCACCAGCAUCGCUUUACACAGGAGGCUCAUUGCAGUGCCAGAGGGUUACCUAAUGUCAAGCAGCCUGGAUUCUAUUUCGGAGUUUCCUACUGACUUGGGUGUCAUUCAAAUAAAAAGCCAAGGAGUUUGACGAAGGGAGUGUUCUCGCUUGUUUGGAUUCCGAGCAUUACACCGAACAGCUACAGUGUCAGAACUGUACUGGGAGACCAGGGAUGCAACCAACUCCCAGAGCUACUUAGGAAAGAGCCUUCAAAGGUUUCUAACAGAUCAGCUGGAGGAAUCUCUAGAACUUGCCUGCUAGUGACAUUGUAACGUAGUAACAUUUUACGUUACAAACCAUGCCAGCUCGCUGCGUAGUGGCCAGGUGUUCCAACACCACCCAAGAUGGUGUAUCCUUGUUCAAAUUUCCAAAAGACCCUCACGUUAGGAGCCUUUGGGACAGAUUUGUUCGGAUGAAGAGAGCAGACUGGAGAGGGGGACACGACCGCUCACUGAUCUGCUCUGCGCACUUCACAGACGAGUGCUUUGACAUUUCAAGCGUGACGCAAAAAAAAUUAGAAUUUGGAAAGCGGUUGCUUCUAACCAAAACAGCGGUUCCGACUCUGAACGUCUGCCCGAGCAUGAAUGGGAACCCACAGUCCCUAUCGCAACCAAAAGGAAGAGGAGCCUUCCGGAAAAAAAUCAUCGAAGAGGCUGAUGAAUGGGAGGUGGAACCGCAGGUCCUUGCCGCCUUGCAGGCACCGGUCCUCCCUGAGCAAACGUCUGUACAAGAAACACCACUUCCAAGUGCAGAGGCUUCCCUUCAGACUGUACUAGCCGCAGUCCAAGCUGUUGAGAGGAAAUUAGAUUCUCAUGCCACGCGGUUGCUGGGUCUGGAAGGGAGAAUGUGGAUGGCUGAAAAAAAGCUAAUAGGUUGUGAGAGAACUGUGGUGGAGUUUGGGAACCAGCUGGAGAGUAAGUGGGCCGUGCUGGGAACUCUGAUCCAGGAGUAUGGGCUGCUGCAGAGGAGGCUGGAGAACAUGGAGAACCUGCUGAAGAACAGGAACUUCUGGAUCCUGAGGCUCCCCCCAGGCACUAACGGGGAGGUGCCCAAGGUACCGGUGACAUUUGAUGACAUCUCCGUCUAUUUCAAUGAGCAGGAAUGGAAGAGCUUGAAUGAAUGGCAGAAGGAGCUUUACAAGAACACCAUAAAGGGGAAUUAUGAGACCCUGAUCUCACUGGACUAUGCUGUUUCUAAACCUGACAUCCUGUCCCGGAUAGAGCGAGGGGAGGAGCCGUAUAUCGGGGAUCUGCAGGACUCUGAAGAAAGGAAAAUCUCUGUUGAGCCGUGCGUCAACUCUCCCGUUGCUGCACCUGGCCAGUGGUGCCAGACCGAACAAGGCGCAGAGCCGUGUGUUGGGGAACAGGGCAAUGCUAAGGAAAGAGGUGUCCCUGCAGACCCCAGCACAGUCUUUGGCUGUGACGUUUUAUCGUGGAUUAAACUAGAGGAACAGUCCUGUGCCGAGGAUCAGGAACACUUUGGGGAAGGAGCGCUCUCUACAGACCCCUACGCUGGGUGCCAAGCUUCUGCACGCUAUGCUUCCUGCCGGAGGGACGUCGAGGAAGAGCCAAGUGUGCAGGAUAUGCAGGUCUCGGAGGAAAGGCAAAUCCAUACAGAGCUCUGCGCAGAUCAUAACAAGAAAGCUUUGGAUGCGGUAGCAGCACAAGAAGAUUUGGCCAGGGCUUCAACAAAAAAAUCAAAUCUGCCCCCCAUGAUUGAUAGCCGAUUUACGGAAAAGGAUCUCAACGACGUCUUUACUUUUGAAUUUGAAAACCCCAAAUCUGGGCUUUUGCGAAAAGCAAAGAAGAAAUCGGCAACGUGCAAGGUGGAAAAGGAAGUGAAUGGCGAGCUCAAACCAUGUAGCUUCAAGACAAGUGAAGCAAGUGCCGUGAAAAGUUUCAACCUUUGGCGGCAUGUAAAACGUAACCAUCCUGAAAACUAUGCGGCUCUGGUUACAAAAAAGGACCAGGAAGAUGAGGCAAAACAGAAAACUGAUGCGGCUAAACGACGUCCAUCUGGAUCUUUGAAAACUCCCGGAGAAAAGAUUUUUUGUGGAGCUUCAUCUGAAAAGAAACCCAAAAUUGAGCAAACAAAACUUGACUCAUAUUUGAAGUCCUCAAAGGUUACAGUCACCAUGGAUGCCAAUACUUUCCGUGAAGGGCUGAUGGAAAUGGUUUGCUUGAGUUCAACACCGCUCACUACCUUCAGGCUAAAGAACAAAGGAUUCCAAAAAAUUGCAGGUGAAAUGGGUCGGCAGCUUGGCGUUUCGACGGGGCACGAUGCGGUUCGUCAUUUAGUUGUCAGCACAGCUGAGUCUGGUCGCCAAGAGCUCAAGAAAGCUUUGGAGCAAAAACUGUGCUACCUGAAAAUGGAUGCGGCAACCCAUGGAAACAGACAUUUCCUUGCAAUCAGUGCUCAGUACUACGAAGAAGGAAAAGAUAAAGCUGUGGUAAAAACCUUGGACAUAAUCGACACUGAAGGGCAGCACAAUUCUUCGUACGUGAAAAGUCAAGUAAAAGCUAUUUUAGAAAAAUUUGGGAUCAGUGAAAUGCAAGUGCUGAGCAUCUGCGUUGACAAUGCAGCAAACAUGACGUGUGCCGUCAAAAAUUUCAGCGAGGAUAAUGAAACCAUUUCUACCUCUGAGAACACGGAUGUGGACAGAACUGAAGCUAUUUUGCCUGAUGAAGGCACUAAAGGAAUGGAUGAAAUCGAACUCAACAGGGAUGCUGCUGCGCAAUGGGUUAAUGACCCCAGCCUCAUACUUCCAACAUGGCUUCAUGAGGACGACUCAAAAGUCCAACUGAUGAAGUGUGGUAUUCACACUCUUCAGCUGGCAAUCUGGGAUGGCCUGAACAAAGAACAUGCAAAGAAAUUUCUGGCAAAAAUUCGACAAGUCGUUGUCAAACUACGAACCCCAAGUAUUCAAAGUGUUCUGCUUGAUCUACAUGGGGUAACUCAAUCAUUGGAUACUGUGACUCACUGGGGUUCAACAUUUGCGAUGAUUGAUCGGCUUCUCGUUUUUCAAUCUUACUGUGAACAAGUGACGGCUGCUGCUGGAACAAGAGAACUCAAGUUAACAAAAGCUGAAUGGGACGAAGUGAAGAACCUGCGAGACCUCUUGGCAAAGCCAAACCAAACAACCGUGAAUCUUCAAGCCGUCGAUGUAACCCCGGGAGUUUUAAUGAAGGAAUGGCGAAAACUGUCAAAAUUCUUGCAAGAAAAUGGUGGACAAAUUGCAGAAGGAAUUCUAUCCUCCAUGCAGAAACGUGAAGAGAAGCUUUUUGACAAUAUUCAUUUCCUUGCUGGAGUUUAUGUUGACCCACGGUAUCGGAUUCUUCUUACCUCAAGGGAAAUACCAAAGGCAAAGGAAGGGCUCCUUGAUAUUGCUCGCCGACUCGAAAAACAAAAUCUAUUGCUACAUUUGAACUCGGCGAAAGAGGUUGAAGAAAACAAAACACAACAAAAGGAGUCCUCAACCAUCGAAUUUGCGUUUUCGGAAAGUUCACAUCCUUCAGAAAUAGCAAGCUGUUCUCAAACUUCCGUCUCCACUCUGAACUUGUUCGAGCGUCCAUCCCUGAGACGUCUUCAACCAUCACAGGGAAAUGGAGAUAAUUCAAGCACGAAUUCUUCAGAUGAUGACGCCUUCGAAAAGGAAUUGGAUAAACAAGAAAGACGCCGGCGAGUUUCUGCGAUUCAUAAUUGUAAUGAAGCGUUAUUUGAGAGCAACUUUCGGGAAGAUUGUGAGGCGAUGGAGUCUAUUGGUAGGCUGAAAGUUAAGUCUGUUUUUGAGGCCAUUCACAGCUACCCACACCGCAUUCAGGCUGCCUGUAGAAUUGCUUCGAGCAUGCCAACAACUCAAGCUGGUGUAGAGCGACUGUUUUCGGCUUUAAAGUUAAUUUUAAAUGGUUUGCGUCAGGGUGUGAAAGACGACUUGAUUGCUGCAAUAAUUUUUUACAGAAUGAAUUAUGAAUGAUUCUAGUUUGUAUCAUUGUUGAUGACAUUUAAAUGGUUUUAAAAGUCUGAAUAAAAAUGUUUUUUUAAAAUGA